GUUUACCCAUACCCCACCGUUUUCAUACACACCCCACUCAAAAUCUUCUUCACACACACAAUCAAUCAAGACUCCAUUUUCAUUGCAUUAUUUGAAUUUGAAGGCAGAAUCUCUGUGUUAAUUGUAAUCAAACCCUCAAAAUCUUCAUUCAAAAGAGUUUAAUAGAAAUGGAGGCUGGAAAUGGGGUUUAUCAUGAAAACAAUGUAGAAGAUGAAAAUGGUGUAAUGGAUGUGGAAGCCAAUGUGGCGGAUCACGAAAAUUCGAAUGAAGUUGAAUCAUCAAAAGUGGAAGUGAAUGGAUCUUCUGAGGAUGUUAAUGGCACUAAAGUAUCAAAUUCAGUUAAGGUUGCUAGUAAUGAUGUUGCUGCUGCUAAUAAGGGUAGUUUGAAGAAUAAUAAAACGGUGAAAAACGGCACAGCGGCUAGUCUGUUGACCCGUAAGCCUAAAUCCCAUAUAACUCAAAGUUUAUCGUUCCCUGCUAAACCGCGGACCCAUGAUUCCAUGAGGACUAGCAUGGAUGGGCACCCUGUGAAGGGGCGAGCCGCAUUGUCGAAUGCAAAAGCAAAUGCUAAUAAUCUCGCUAAUAGAAGAGCUGCCACUGGUGUGAAAGCAAAGGAAUCGGGUCCAAAUGCGCGUGUGUCAAGGCCUGAGAAGUCGAAUGGAAAUGAAGACGGUCCACCUUCUGCAGACACAUUAAGUGUUGCCACUGGCGGGCAGCAUAAGAACGGCGUAUUGGGAUUUUCUUCUAGGCUGGAAGAACGAGCUGAAAAGCGAAAACAGUUCUUCUCAAAGAUAGAGGAAAAGAUUCACGCAAAAGAAGCAGAGAAAACCAAUUUGCAAGAAAAAUCAAAGGAAAGCCAAGAAGCAGAGAUAAAACAGCUGAGAAAGAGCUUGAUGUUUAAAGCUGCACCGAUGCCAAAAUUUUACAAAGAACCCCCUCCAAAAGUCGACUUGAAGAAGAUACCAACAACACGCCCAAAAUCGCCCAAGCUUGGCAGGAACAAGAGCAAUGUGGCUGCAACCAGCAAUGGGACCGCGGUUGGUCCACAUGUCACUAAAAACAAGACCAUAUCUCGUAAUGCGAACACGACAAAUGGUGAUAAAGAAGCUGCUGCUGUUGGUCCCAAAAAACUGAUUAGAAAACCUCAACCCAAAACUCCAUCCUCUAAAACUGAAGUCAAACCUGAAAAGUCAAAGGAAAAGUUGGUUCAAGAAGAAGAUGAACAAUCCUAUGAGAGCCCAUCUCCAAAUCUUAUUGAGGUUAAAUAAAGGGGCAAUUUGUUUAUAUUUAUAUCUAUUAUAGUUCUUUUUCUGUUUUUGAAGUUAUUAAGCUUUGGUGUUGUGAAUAGACUGGCACAUGUUCAAUGAUCUACUGGUUUAUAAUUUUACAUGAUGUUUGUAUGCAGCAUAUUGAAUUGUUUUUGCUCUUUGAAUCCAAAUUUGUAUAAUUUGCAGAAA